AUGUCCUCGGCAGACCCAGCCGCGGACGUAGCGGCGUCUCGCUCCAACGGCAAGACCAACCUCCUGAUCGCGGCAAGCGGGAGCGUGGCCGUCAUAAAAGUGCCCGACAUCAUCCAAGCCCUCGAGAGACAUGCAAACCUGUCUAUACGAGUUGUUCUCACGGCGUCGGCGGCGAGGUUUCUGAACGGGUCGACGGCGGAACAGCCUUCGCUGUCGGCCAUCCGCGCGAUGCCCAGAGUUGAUGGCGUGUAUUUAGAUGACCAGGAAUGGGAACGUCCAUGGGUCCGGGGGGCGUCUAUUCUUCACAUCGAGUUGAGGAGGUGGGCUGAUCUAAUGCUCAUCGCACCGUUAAGCGCAAACUCGCUUGCAAAAAUCGUCAACGGAUUCUCGGAUAACUUGAUGUUGAGCGUGGUCCGCGCCUGGGACCCCGAAGGAAAGAUUGACGGAAAACCGAAGAAGAUUUUGGUAGCUACGGCCAUGAACACAGCUAUGCACGCCCACCCGAUUACCGCAAAGCAGAUCAAGGUCCUCGAGGAGGAGUGGAAGUGGUUCGAGGUGCUGAGGCCCAUGGAGAAGACGCUCGCCUGCGGAGACACGGGGUCCGGCGCCAUGAUGGCGUGGGAGGAGAUUGUCGAUAUUACAGAGAAGCGACUGGGGCUUGACCCCCUGAAAAAGGGCGCCAAGUCGUGGAGGUUGUCCUCGUACGGCUCGAAGGCCCAGCUGUCGUCGUACUCGAACCCCGACCCUCCCAUGCCUGGAGGGAUCCCAUGA